AUGUCCUUCAAGGGCUUUCAAAAAUCCCUGGUCAGAGCGCCUCAAACGUUCAAAGCCAAGUUCAAUCUAGGGGAACAAACAAAAGAUGCCGUCUAUAUUGAUGCGGAACGGCGAUUCCAGGAGUUGGAAACCGAGACGAAAAAGCUGCACGAUGAGAGUAAAAAAUACUUUGAAGCUAUUAAUGGCAUGAUGAACCAUCAGAUUGAAUUCUCUAAAGCGAUCGCCGAAAUAUACAAGCCAAUUUCAGGAAGAAUGUCCGAUCCGGAUUCCCUGGUUCAAGAAGGAAAUCCAGAGGGAAUCAGGGCAUGCGAAGAAUACGAAGAAAUUUGCAAGGACCUCUUGGCGACUCUACAACCAGAACUGGAAAUGAUUGAGACAAGAGUGAUUCGACCUGCCGAUGAAUUAUUAGAGAUUAUCAAGGUGAUCAGGAAGACUGCGCUCAAACGCCAACACAAGCAAUUAGAUUAUGACAGACAUCGAGCUACACUCAAGAAACUACAAGACAAGAAAGAGAAGACUUUGAAGGAUGAGAAAGCCAUGUAUAAAGCGGAGAACGAUGUUGAACAAGCAACUCAAGAGUUCAAUUAUUAUAAUGACCUCUUGAAGGACGAGUUACCUAAACUUUUUACGUUGGAGCGCGAGUUUAUCCGUCCAUUGUUUCAAUCGUUUUACUAUAUGCAACUGAACGUCUUUUAUACCCUACACGAGAGGAUGCAAGGAUGUGAUAUUGGAUACUUUAAUCUCCAGCUUGAUAUCGAGGAAGGUUUUGAGGCGAAACGAGGCGAUAUUCGAGAUCAGGCAGAAGCUCUUUCCAUUGUGAAGUUUAAGACGACAGGUGCCAAACGUCCACCAAAACCUCUUGCUCUCGGCGGACCCAACCGUCUUGCCAUUGAGAACAAGCCAUCUACAUCCACAGCGCUGACUACGACUCCAAACCGCCGCGCAUCCACCGACUUCUCAUCGUCGGAAAAGCCACCACCACCCUACUCCUCGAUGUUAUCUCCUACGAAUCCUGGUAACAGCGUAAUGCGAUCGGCGUCGACAGGUAGUUCAUGGGGUGCUGCCGCUAAAGCGAAGAAAGCGGCACCUCCACCACCAAAACCGAAGCCAUCGAGGCUCAGCGGUGCGCCAGCUGCGGAGACUGCUACCGCAUUGUAUGAUUAUGAGGCACAAGCAGAGGGUGAUUUAAGCUUCAGUGCUGGAGAGACAAUUGAGAUUGUGACGAGAACUAGUAAUGAGAAUGAGUGGUGGAUUGGAAAAAUUCACGGAAAACAAGGACAAUUCCCUGGAAACUAUGUCAAAGUCAACUAA